AUGUCUAAAUCUAAUAAAGUCAGUGUAAUAUCAAAUCCUAAUAUAGCAAUUGUAAAAUAUUGGGGAAAAGAAGAUAUUAAUUCUAAUAUAUGUUCCAAUCCAUCUAUUUCAUUCCAAUGCACAAAGCUUAUAACCACAACCAGCAUAUCAUAUAACGAAAAAAAUAAAGAUGAAUUUAUUUUUAAUGGUAAACCUACUAGUCUAAAUAAGAAAAUUAAAUAUAUUGUGAAUUUAUUUAAAAAAAUCAAACAAGACGAGUGCUUUCUUCUCAUUGAAUCAGAGAAUAAUUUUCCGCACAGUUGCGGCGUAGCAUCUUCAGCCUCCGGAUUUUCUGCUUUGGUGCUUGCGCUAGAUAAAUUUUACAAAACAAACUUUUCAGAGAAGGAUCUUAGCAAACUUGCACGCGAGUGUUCUGGUAGCGGAAGCAGAAGUAUACCGAAGGAUAUAGUAUUGUGCAACAAGGAGUACUCUUAUACAAUUGGACAGUGGAAAGAAAUAAAAAUACUGUUGAUUAAAUUAAGUGACGAGGUAAAAAAAGUAAGUAGCACAGAGGGAAUGUGCAGAACACAAGAAACAAGCUUUUUUUAUAGGGAUAGGCUGACCAGGAUAGAUGACAAGAUACAUCUUUGUAAGGAAUACAUCAAGACAAAAGAUCAUAAAAGUUUAUUUAAACUGAUUAUGAGAGAAUCAAAUGAAAUACAUGCAAUUAUGUUUGAGAGUUUUCCACCAAUCAGAUACAUUUCUGAUAAAGGAUUUGAAAUUAUGGAGAUGGUGCAUGAAUUUAAUAAUGAAGAAAUAAAAAUGGCUUAUAGUUUUGAUGCGGGUACAAAUCCAUUUAUUUUUGUUUUAGAAAAGGAUCUAGAAGAGGUAAAGAACUUUUUUAAAAAUUAUGAAAUUAUUGAAUGUAAUUAA